UCGCAAACAAAUACAUGUACUACAAUUUGCGUUCCAUGUCAUAGUUCAACUGAGCUUAGCUACGGAGUACGUACAUUGAGCAAGCAUUGAAAUAUGUGACAAGCAUUGGGGACUGAACAAUGAGUGUCUUACAUUCAAUUUGGAGCAGGAUUAGGAAGACACGGUAGACAACACCAGGUGUACAAUGUAAUACAGCAGAGACGAGCCUAAUAAAACAGCAUGGCUGCCAAUGUAUCGGGCGAUCAGCCUGAGUACGGGGAAAAACAGAGACAUAUUCUAGAGAGCUUAUUCAUUGAAGAAGUGGAUUUUAAAGAUUUAGAUGAUUACAGUUUUAUUGUCGCCUGUAUUGAUACAUAUAAAACAACGACGCUCGAUGAAUCCUAUCCUGUGAACGACGAUAUGAAAUCGACAACACUAUUUAAUCUCAAUAAAAUGAUGGAGGGGUUGUUAGAAACAGAAUCAUCAAAGGGUUCAACUUAUUCUGAAGCAAUAAUGAAAUAUUAUUUUACUCUCUACGAGUCAAGAAAACCAGAACAUAUUGAAUUAUGCUACAAUAUCACAUGCGUUGGACAGAAAUUUAUCGCAAUGAAGAACAUGACAAGCUAUCUCAAGAGUAAGUUUCAUCUCGUUGCUGCCGUUAUACGAGAUUCGGACGCUAACGAUUUUGAAAAUCCCGUGAUGUCAAGUAUUGCCAGACAGACAAAGGACCAUCUGAUUAAUAUGCUAGCAAAGGCGUCACAUGACAGUAACGGUAAGCUUUCCGAUGAGCUGAUUGAUCUCAUUGUAAUAUGCAUGGAAAGAAGAACACGUCACCAUUUUCAUAUCAUAGAAGAGAUUGGCAACCACAAACACGCGAAGUAUCGGCAAAGGGUGCCCUUUGGCGACCCGGGCUGUUAUCUAAUAGAAAUGUUAGGUAGCAACACCAAAGCUAUUUCGUGGAAGAAACACACGGAGAAAGCAAAUGAGGUGAUUUUACUCUGGAUCGCUCCUAUUGAACUGCCGAAUUCGGAUCUUAGUGGUUUCAUAUCUAUUGCAGAGGAGGUUUUCAUGACCUUUAUGUUCACAUUUAACAAAGACAAUAUUGAAAAGAAAAUCACUGGAAGUCUGUGCGACCUCUUGGAAUAUUGCCUGCAGUGUGAUAGUGAACUGUAUUACAGAAUUGGGAAAGAAAUCGUAGAGUUUAUUAAAUUAAAGGGUCACAACACGAAGGUAACGGCGAUAUUAAAGGCUUAUGACGAACUGAUAAAAAGAGAUGACUUUGAAUGCCCAAGAUCGAAUGAGCACAAGUUUACCACUCUGGAAGAUACUAUGUCGCUCAUCACGUGUGAUAUAGCUGAAUCAAACACAACGACCCAGAACAAAGAUACGCUUUUGUCGAUUCUUCGUUUUUCAAUGGAACAUGACCUGGAGGAAAUAAAUGAGAUACCAAUAUCAAUAUGGGGAGAAAUAUGCGGAUAUAUAGUGUGUAAUAUCUUAGACAAGAGCAAGACUAAAGAUAUAAACGAAUUUGCACCAUACCUCAUUAAGUUGCUAUGCUGUGAUGUGGAGAGACUUGCUGAUGGGGCAGAGUCAACUGUUCGGUCAAUGUCUAAGCGACCAGAAAUAUUUCUUCCUUACAUUAACGAUUUAAUCGACAUUAUUAUUGUACAAGAAAGAUUCUGCGUAAUAAAUUUAAUACAGCUCAAUUUCGUCAAGUGUACGGACGUCAUCAUGGGUCACUUUAACGAAAUCAUGGAAAAACGCGAAGACAUGUCAUCAAAUGAAAUGUAUGGAUUAUUUGAACUUUUGAAUGACGUUUCCAAAUAUUAUCCAGAGAGAGUAAUGCCGUACAAGGACUAUAUACUAUCUGGUCUUGACCAAGCCAUCACAAGCUAUUAUUCUGUUGCAAUUUUGAUGACUUUGGCGACAUACAAAGCAGAAGAAUUCCAAGAUUUGGAUGAGAGAAUAGCAGAACUUGUUAACGAACAAUCGGUUUAUAUAUAUUUUGUAAAUCAAUUGAUUGUCGUUAUUGCGAAAUACAGCGAGCACAAGAGCUCAAUUAUAGAACUAAUGAAGAAAGAGGAAGACGCUAGACCAUCUGAAAAGCCAGCGGUCUUGAUAUCAUGUUGUACACCGAAAUAUUCACUGUCAGCAAACUGUCGACGUGAGGUGAGCUUAGCAGAUGCACUGAAGAAACCAAUCAUACCAAUAUUAUUAGAGAGUAUGGAGUGGCCUCCAGAGGGUCUAAUGAGUAUGCCGUUUGCCCAAUUGGAGUACAUUGACUUUAGAGACGAAGAAAGUAAGAAAUUCUGCAAUGAUAAAUUUGACGACUUGAAACAACGGAUCGACAUUUGUGGGAUGGAACGUCAUGAACCACAAGCAGAUUUGUUUACAGAAAAAAAUGAACCCCCAAACAAAUAUUCAAUUCCGACUAUAGCGAGAAGUGAGAAAGAGAAGACGCCUAAAGCGUCACCCUCCCCUAUCAACAAACGCAUGCCCCCACCGCCAACACGGAAUAACGUGUCUGGCUCUGCCACACACAGCAAAUCAGGUUCCACUGUCAUACCACAAAAAUCUGUGUCGUGUACGAUAUUGUAG